AUGGCGGCGACGGCGACAAUCUUAAACAAUCAGAGGCCAAUUAUAUUCGAUGAAUCAGUUGCACACUAUGAAUUACAUGCACAUCAACCGUAUGCGUCAUCAACGUUGAAUAACAACGAUGAAGUUCGAAUUACUAUACAAAAUCAAAAUUUUAGCAUACUUCCAAGUAAAAGUGCAUUACAUAUAAUUGGUAAAUUUACGAAGAAUGAUGGUACUGCAGUUGCUGAAACUACGAGACUAGUUAACAUGGGAAUUUGUCAUAUGAUUAAAGAAUUACGUUUAUUUAUAAAUGGUGUUGAAAUUGAUCGAAAUUCGAAUGUUGGCAUUACAAGUCUCAUGAAAGGAUAUUUAACAUUUAGCCCCAGUGAAUUAAGUGCUUUAGAGAAUGUAGGUUGGUUGUCUAACGAUGAUACGCAAUUAACCAACGCAGAUGGUUAUUUUGAUAUUUUGAUACCACUGAAUUUACUGAGUGGAUUUGCUGAAGAUUAUCAAAAAAUUCUUAUAAAUGUUCAGCUAGAGUUAGUUUUAACCAUUUCAAAUACCGAUAUCAAUGCAUACAUACAGAAUCCAGCAGAAGGAGCCGCAGGUGAAAAUGAUAAAGUUACACUACAAAAAAUUGAAUGGAUAGUUCCAUACGUCACAUUAUCAGAUAAAGAAAGAAUUCAAGUGUUAAAUUAUAUUACUGGUGAUCCAUCUAUUCCGAUUAGUUUUAGAACUUGGGAGUUGUAUGAAUAUCCACUUUUACCUGCAACACCAAGACACAUUUGGGCUGUCAAAACAUCAACUCAGCUUGAAAAACCACGCUAUGUAGUGCUUGGAUUCCAAUCAGCAAGAAAAAAUGAUGCGAGAAAAAAUGCUAGUCAAUUCGACCACUGUAGCAUUAGAAAUAUAAAAUUAUUUUUAAAUUCACAGAGCUAUCCUUAUGGAGAUCUUAAUCUAAUGAUUGAUCAAAAUCAGUAUGCUUUAUUGUACAGCAUGUAUACAAAUUUUCAGUCUUCAUACUACGAUAAACAAUCCGAACCACUGCUGGCGAAGAAAAAAUUUUUGGAUAACGCGCCACUGUGCGUUAUUGAUUGUUCUAAACAAAACGAAGCGAUCAAGUCUGGACCGGUAGACAUACGUUUAGAAUUUGAGUCAGCAGUUCCAUUUCCACCUAACACGACUGCUUACUGUCUAGUUAUUCACGAUCGGAUUAUUGAGUAUAACCCUAUAAGCAGUACUGUAAGAAAAUUAAUCUAA